AUGGCGACGCAGAGCGUGGUUUUGGAGCACUUGCGGAAAAUGCUGAAGACAGUGGACGACACCACAACCGAGAAGCAAAUAAGGGCCAAGCUGGCAGAGGAGCUGGGCUAUUCAGUGGACGAGUACAAGAGCGCCAUCAAGGCCGAGGUGUCAAGUUAUGUUGAGAAGCUGGCGGAGAGCCACAAGAGGAAGGCGGUAGAUGAAGCAGAGGGCGCCGAAAUUGAGCCUCCACGCAAGGCAGCCAAGACACAUGCCAAGCAAGCAACUUCCAAGGUUGUCGGGGGUGGUGGUGAUGAAAAUUUUCAAGUCCUGCUUAGUGAGAAGAAGCGCGCAACGAUAUCUGUGUUCAGAGGCAUUGCAAGGGUCGAUCUGAGGGAGUAUUUCCAGAAAGAAGGGUCCUGGCUGCCCACAAAGAAAGGCAUCAGCUUGCCACAGGACCAAUGGAACAAGCUGAACGAUGAAGCACAGGCGAUCUCUGCUGCUUUGGCAGCUGAUGACACUGACUACCAGGCUACGUUGUCUGACAGGCGAUCUAUUACCAUCAGCACGUUUAGGGAAAAGUGCUACUUACAAAUUCGAGAGUACUAUGAAAAGGAUGGUAAGAAGCAACCAGGAAAGACUGGUAUCAGCCUGAACUUGCAGCAGUGGGAUGCUCUGAAGAACAAAAUGGGGGAUCUGGACGAGGCACUGAAGGCAUGUGUCUGA